AAUUAUUUAUUGCAACUUAGGAAUUUUACUUUUACAAUGAAAUCAAAAAGCCCAGAUUUAUAAGUCGUAUAAAGACAUUGUAUUUCAGAUAAUAAGUCGUCGGAUAUAUUACGUGCAUACAACUACAGACGUUUAAAACAAAAAGUUUUGUGUUUACAUUAACGCUGAUUAUUAUUAUUAUUAACACAUUUCAAUCGACUUACUUCAGAAAUGAUUCGAAAACAUGUUUUAAUUUUAAUAAAUAAAAAGGAUUCACUAAAAGGCAUUGAGUGUUGACUGAAGUCUCCACGUGUUGAGAGAGCACACUCGACUGAUGAUUUCUGCUCAUAAGCAUGGCGACAUCAAUACACGAGACAGUUCUUAUAGGAAUAUGCGAUGGAGCGAUUGACAAGAAGAAAAACGCAUCCUACUGCACCAACAAAAUUGGAGACAGACCGGUAACGUUAAAGGGAAUGUCAUUUGUUUUCAACCCAUGCUCUAUGCUAACUAAGGAAAGCUAAACUUCGCUUGACAGCUAACUUAACGUUACGUGGCUAUUUGGUGUUACCAAAAUCCGUGAGUAUACUGAAAUAUGCUUGACAAUUGAGCGAAAUUAAAUUCAUUUGAUUGUUUACGUAAUUAUCAGGGGAAAAUACUUAAAAGUAGGCUAUCUGUCGCUAGCUAGUUGGCUAACUAUGGCUAACUAGUUAUAUUACGCUCGAGUAAUACUAACAACUUGAACUGAAAACAUUCUUGAAUUGUUUUAAAGCGAGGUGAUUUCAUAUUUCUUGCAUAAUUAUGGUAAAUUAGUUUAAUAUGUAUUGUGAAGACGUUUGAACGCUAAGGUCAGUUUUCGUAUAAACAUUGUAGUCUUCCAACGGGCCAGUGGCGCAAUGGAUAACGCGUCUGACUACGGAUCAGAAGAUUCUAGGUUCGACUCCUGGCUGGCUCGAUUCUUUUGAACCGCACUUUUGAAUCAGAAACAGUUUUUAUUGCCAAGUGUGCUUCACACACACAAGGAAUUUGUUUUGGGUACUUUAUUUAGGACCUGCUUCCAAUUAUCACUCUCCAAUAUCCCUCAUGCAGUUUGUGUCAGAGAGGCCUGUCUCACGUUGUGCAGGUCUACUGCCCUCUUGCGGCGUCUCCUUACCACAGAACCAUCAAUGUCUUUGCCUGCACCAGUCCACAAUGCUAUGGGAAAUCAGAAAGUUGGAUUGUCCUGCGCUCUCAGUGUUUGGAGGACGACAUCAAAGAAAGACAAGACCACAAAACCACACAGUGUGCAGAACCUACAAUGUCCCGGACAGACUGGUGCGAUGAAGCUGAUGAUUGGGGGAUGGACGAUGAGGUGGCCAUCAGUGCUGUAGAAAAACCAAUAGACAGUGUUGGUGAAGGAAAUGAUGUCAGCAGCAAGCUUCAGGAGCUCUGCAUUGACGGUGGUGUGGAUCAUCAGAGUGCUCCUCAAUCAGACAAUGUGCCUGUUUUCAAGCCGUUCUACAUAAGUGUCAUGGAGGAAACAGACUUGGAUGGAUUUCAAGAUAUGGAUCAUGAAAAUGAACUGCUUAGAGAAUACGAGGAAAGGGAGAGAGUGAGUGUGGAAGAGAUUCAAAGUUGUGAAAGUGGUGAAGCUCGGGAGGAAUAUGAGAAAGGCACAGCCAAACAUGGAGAUGACACGUUCACCGGUUUCAUGAAGAAAAUCUCUCUUUGCCCUGAACAAGUGUUACGAUACAGUUGGAACGGAUCACCUCUAUUUAUUAUGAAGCCACCUUGUAAUGCUAGUCAAAUGGUGCCGUCCUGCAGUCACUGUGGAAGUCUGAGAGUGUUUGAAUUUCAGCUCAUGCCUGCAUUGGUCAGUUUGCUAGGUAGUGCAGACACAAAUUCAGAGAUUUCACUGGAGUUUGGAACAGUUCUGGUGUAUACUUGCAGAAACAGUUGUUGGAAAUCUGGAUCAACGGUUCCAGUGGAGGAAUUUCUUUUUGUUCAGCCUGACCCAGACCAAAAGUAUUUCAAAUGACAAUUAUUUAUCAUCAAUAAAGGUAGUUUAUCAAUAGA